CAAAUAAGCUUAACUGGCAGAUAAAGUGCUAUGUUUUGCGGGUAGUUUUAUCUGGCAGUACUUAUUAAUUAAUUAGCUAUCCAAUACCUUACUCAGAUUUUGUGAAACAGACUAACUUAAAUAAUUACAUUUUAAAAGCCAUUUUUUUAGUUUCGAUUUAAAAAGGGGAGCACCCGGUGCUGUUAUAAUUUCCCGCAGUAGAUGAUUGUACAUCUUACGACCCAUGUCGUCGGCGAGUUAUACAGAUUUCGUAAAUAGUUACUCCUCUAAAAUAAAAUAAAAUUCACUUAAAAGUUCAACAGCAAAUAUUCGUAGCACUAACAAAACAAACACGGCUCAAUUCAAUUGCCAGUCCAAUUUAACAAGAGUUCAAUUUAAACGUUACACAACAUUUAAACUCCGACCUGACAUCGCUAGCAGAGCAGCCGAUCUGCCCUGCGUCAGUGUUUGCCGGCCGCCCGCCGCGCUCUCACGCCGCCCUGACCGCCCAAGCCGCCCUAACUUCGUACGUCAAUUCCAAACUUCAAUAUCGGGCGUAUGAAAUUGUAGUUAAAGAAUGUGCUUAGAGCUGAUUCAAAAUUUAUUGUACCUAGUUUGUGUAUAGUGUUGUUGUAAAUGUUAUUAAAAUCGUGACUUUUCGCAAUAUUUAAUUGCUUCAUCGAAAUUAGCUCUAUUUUUCUAACGCAUCUGUGUUUAAAUCGAGUAUAGUUAAAUUAUUCGUCUAGUUCUCUUGUAAUGUUUAGUGAAAAUUGAGUGUUAAAGUUGUGUGACAGAAUUGAACAGUGUUAUAUAAUGUAAAUAGAAUUGGUAGACUGAAAUGAGGUAAAUUUGAACGGGGUAUCGGAUGAUCCGGAUGAGCUGAAGGAACAAAUGAGUUCGCUUCUUAAUAUUGGUUGAGGCAGAGAUGCGCGAUGUUCAGUAACGCGAGCUCGGGCGCGUGGGAGGAUGGUCACACACAAACGCACGCGUCACACGCUCAGCUCGCGCCGCUGCUGGCGUUCUACGUGCUCGUCAGCCUGCUAGGAGUCAUCGGUAAUAUAAGCUUGAUGGCGGCACUGGCGUCCGGCGGCGCGGCGCGGCUGCGCACGCCGCAGCUGCUCAGCGCCUGCGCGGCGGACCUGCUCGUGUGCGCAGCCUCGGCGCCGCUCGCCGCCGCCCGCGCCGCUGAGCUACACUCGGAGACGUGCCACAUAGGAUACUACGUCGAGUCGUUUCCUGUGGCAGCUAGUACCCUGUCCCUGGUGGCGAUGGCGGCGGAGCGCUGUGGUGCAGUGCGGCGAGGUCGCGGGGCUUCCACGCGCUCGCGGCCCUAUCUGGCAGUGUCUGCUGUGUGGCUCAGCGCACUGCUGCUUAGUGUAGCGGCGGUAACAGCGAGCUGCGUGUCAUGGCGGCCGCUGGCCGCAGCGCACGCGCUCGUCACCUACUGCUUCCCCGUGCUGGCCGUGGCGCGCUGCCACUGGGCCGUGCGCGUCAAGCUCACGGCUCUGUCCCUAACCGCCCGCGCCGCGCACGGCGAGCUGCCCCUGCCCGUUCCGCUCAUGCGUCGCCCCACGCACGUCAUCAUCGUCGCCGGCGUCGGCCCGCGCGAGCGCCGCGACGCCGUGGACGUCGGCGACGUGCGCUCCAAGAAACUCCAGCCGAGUCUGCUGGGUCCCCAACCGUUAACUUCGACAUUACACGCUCGCCGGCGGCUCGGUAACGUCCUCGUCGCUAUAGCGGCGAUUUUCGCGGCAUGCUGGUGUCCACAUGCGGCUAUAGUCAUUUGCGGAGCGUUCGGGCUUCAAGCGCCACUGCUUCUGCAGCAGUACGCGCUGCUUUUUGGGCAUGCGCAUUCGGCUCUUAACGCGGCAGCUUAUUGGGUGUUGAAUAGACAUGCGUUGACGUCGGCGUGCGCGGCGUGGCGGCUGCCGCAGCUGCGGGUGCGGGAGGAGCGGCCCUCGUCCACGAAUGAGGCGGCACUGGGCGCCUUCCACCCCCGCCUCGCGCGCCCAGCGCCGUCGCCGCGCCCGCCGCCGUCCAGCUACCUGUACUAGGUCCGUGCCGUCGCGACUAGACUUUGUUAAUGGAUAGAUAAGUGUCUAUGAGUGGUUAAUGUGUGUUGUUCUAACGCUGCUGCGCUUACGCCGAGGCAAGAUCCUUAAUAUUACCUACGUAUCAAAUAAAGUUUGUCGCAAACCACCAAAAACUAGUCAAAUACGAUUAAAAGAGUUAAUAAUUCGCCCUUCCUGUCCGCGUGUCCGUUGUUUUUUCGGGACUGAAACAAAAAGUUAAAUAAAUCUAUUUCGAAAAUGUACUCAAAACUAAGGCAAAAAGGAAAGCUCUCAUGCAUAUCAUAUUUGCGCCUCAAACCUCAAAUUUUAAAGCUCCAAAACUCCAUGAUGAAACUCCUGAGAUGAAUGUUUCAAUGCAUUUAUUUGAAGAUGAUUGAAGUAACCUCAGCUCAGUCCGAGCCCGCAGAACUUUGAGCGUAAUCCUCCACUUAAAAGAUUUCCUGCCGAGCCAAAUGUAUAAGUUAGUUUGCCGAGAGCUAAAUAGUAGAAAAGUCCGUAAAACGACUAUGCAAUUUUCUACACAACUUGAAGUUGGAUAGCAUGAAUUCAACCUCGGAAGCAAAUUAAAUCUGUUGGAGGAUAGUCUGUUUCUUACUCGGCUGACUGGACACUUAAAUUUUAAAAGUUUAUAGACCCAUGAAGGAUUUAUAAGUUGUUAUUCGUAAAUUUAUAGCCGACUUAAAAAA